AUAGAAGAUUCCCUGCUGCAAAGGCUUUCUCUUGGAUUAUCAGGUCACUGGUGAAUGUCAGUGCUCCGUAACUUUCCCUCUCUUGGUCUUUGAUCCAGGGCCAUCUCCCCACUGCUCCUAUUUCUUUUUCAUCCAUCCGUAAUUGAUGUUUAGGUUUUUGUGGUAUUAAGUAUUAACCUUCGGGACUCCCCUGGAAUAUACUAAAGCCGAAACUUUAACCAAACCUGUCGGCAGGAUGUGGUGAGGAAGAAGAGAGAGGGGCUGGAGAGAGAGGAACAGACGGGAGUGAAAGGCAGAUGGCUUCACUGCGCGAAAACACCAACAGCUGUAUGAAUAAAACAUUUGAAUAGAGAGAGUCGUGACAUCUGGGUGAGGAGUGAGGUAGACAUCCUCCUCAUACCCUCGGUCUUUCUUUUUCCCUAUUCCGUCCUCUCACCCACUAGCCUUUAUAUCCUCUUCAUCCCACCACACCUCCCCUCCUCCCUCUAUCUUUCACUCCGUCUUGUCCCUUUCCCUCUGUGAACUCAAGAGUUCAGGUGGUCACUCAAACAGACAGAAACAAGUUGUGCUUCCACUUGUUUCGUCUUCUCUCGCUGAGUUUAGUUCCACCUGUGUGUCCCCUCUCUCACUCCACUCGUCCAUCCUGCACCACCUCCUCCUCCUCCUCCCCCAGCACGCUGUGUGAUGGUGCGUCCCCUCCUCUCGGCCCUGGAGACAUGCCCGUGCAGGAGAUGGCGGUGAGUCCUGUCAAGUCCCUGUACUGGGAGCAGUUCCCCCCCAUGUCACAACGCCGCGUCUACUGCACCCCCGUCUACCACGAAGGCCUGCUCUACGUGCUGGGGGGCUGCAACGAGACCGGUAUGCCCCUGGACAGCGUCGAAGUCUUGGAUGUGGAAAGCCAGACAUGGAGCCAGUUGCAACCACUGCCCACUGCACGGGCGGGCGCUGCGGCUGUGGCACUGGGGGGCCAGGUGAUGGUGCUCGGGGGCAUGAAUCAGCAGCAGACUCCGCUGGCCUCUGUGGAAAUGUACCACCCUGAUGAAGGCAAGUGGGAGACGAGGACCAGCCUGGGUCAGCCAUCUAUGGGCAUCACCACAGUGGAGAAAGAUGGGAAGGUGUAUGCGUUGGGGGGUAUGGGCGCAGACACCACACCACAGGCCCUGGUGAGGGUUUAUGAGGCAGAGAAGGACCAAUGGCUGCCGAUGACCUCCAUGCCCACGCCGCGGUACGGAGCCACUCCCUUCGUAACAGGAAACAAAAUCUACAUGCUAGGUGGUCGUCAGGGAAAGAUGCCAGUGACGGCGUUGGAGGCCUUCGACCUGGAGAUGAAGAGCUGGACACGCUACCCCUGCAUCCCGAGCAGGAGAGCCUUUUCCUGCUGCACCACCAAUGAGCGGAGCCUCUUCAGCCUGGGGGGUCUCCAACAACCGGGGCCUCACAACUUCUACUCCAGACCUCACUUUGUCAGCACCAUGGAGGAGUAUGACCUGGAUCAAGGCAUCUGGAUCAAACCCAGCCGAAUGUCCAGGAUGAGGGAGAAGCGGGCUGACUUUGUGGCAGGUUGCCUGGGAGGAAGGGUCAUCGCAGCUGGUGGUCUAGGUAAUGAGCCAUCGCCGUUGGGCACAGUGGAGAGCUACAACCCUGUGAAGCGGCGCUGGGAGUAUGUGGUGCCCAUGCCCACUGCACGCUGCUCCUCUGCACUCCUGCAGACAACCAGCAUGCUCUUUGUUAUUGGUGGUGUCGCCCAGGGACCCAGUAAUGCUGUUGAAGCCCUCUGCUUACAGGAAACAGUGUGACUCACAUACAAGCACACACAGGGAAUAAUGCAACGUUGAUAUUUUAGUCAUGUAUGUGCAGAAACACAGGAAUUGGAUCCACGGAUCACACUUUGAGAUACUUUUCUAUCUUAAUGUCCCACCCAUGGAUUCCUCUUGUGAACUGGGAUAUAUACGUGUCACCUUCAGCGAGGAUUUCUAAAAUGGGAUCUGCAGAAACAGUUUGAGACAGAGAUGGACGAAUACAAGAUUACAAGUCAGUCUGACUGCUGUGACUGGCAAGAACAGAAAAGUGACAGCUUUUCUUCUCGGGGGAAAUCAGAGGAAGAAAAAAACAUGAGCAAAAAAACGAUACACACACACACACGAUGUGUCUGAAGAAACAACACGCCUUUAAACUGUUGAGCAUUUUUCAGAAUAAAAGCAGGGUACUUUGCUGGAUAAUAAAGGAACAUAGGGCCAUAUCUGUAUUUCCUCUUUGCAGCAGCGUCGCUCUCACCUGCUGCUGCAACAGCAAGCUUGGACACUUUUCUAUAUGAUCAGUGACGCUCUGGGAAUGUGAAUGUCUGUUUUUGUUCUUCUCCUUUGGUUGCAGUGUUGUAUACAUUACGUGAGACAUUUAGCAUUGCUAGCCACCGUUACCACGCUGUCAAAAAGAGUGGCCCUUGAUACGAGUUGCUCCGCAAGCGGCUCAAAUGAUCAAAUGAUGAACGCCCAGUAAAACGCCGGCUGACGUCGACCACAGUCACUGUGUUUCCUUUAUGUGCAGUUGGUGAAGGUUGGUUGACUGUGGUUGAACUUGUCGGGAUCUCGCUCUGCUAACCAUAUACCCGCCUCUGCUACAACAUGAGCACAGCAGCAGUCAAUCAGCAAGCUCAAAUGGUUCCUCACACUGCAGAAUUGAGAUGUAGGAGCUAAUGGAGUGAAUGCAGAGGUAGUCAAACAGCACCUGCUGCACUGAAGCAUCCUGAAAGAUAAAUAAUAAUCUAAACCUCAGCCACCUGACAUUAUAUUCCCCUCGAGCUUUAUGAUUG